AUGGCCGCAAUGGCCAUGGAGAUGAAGCCGAGCGUCCACACAGGAAACGCCGUCGGCGUGGAGCCUCCCGUCAGGCGAGACGGUCUCCACCCUGACUUCGAAGGGCUCAGCAGCGGUGGGGGUAUCGGUGGUGGCGGCGGCGGGGCGGCAGCAGCAGCAGAAGCAGCAGCUGCAGCAGCAGCUGCAGCAGCAGCAAGGCAGGGACAGUUUUGGCAGGCACACGGCAGUGACGGUAGUGGCAGAAGGGCUCGUCCAACGGGGUUCCCGGAAGCUGCAACGCCUUGGUCCACCAAAUGGACGGACGGCAUGCCGGAGGGCUGGAGGACUAGGGACUUGGGGACGGUGGGGGCGGGAUGGCCGUCGUCCCCUGGGUUCGGCAAGCCUCCGCACUGUGGAGAGUACCGACAAAGCAACGCGGGAGAACUCCAAGGAGCAGGAGGGGAUGAUCUGGACAACUCUUUCAGCGGGCACUUUUCGUCGAACCGCGUUGCUGCUGCCGGACUACCGCCGACGUGCAUGACGAUCAUGUCGAUGCCGACGCCGAGCCCCGAGAUCAUGCGCUGGAGGGAGAGCAGCACCAGCGGCACCAACAGCAGCGACAAACACAACAAGAACGCCUUGCUGGCGAGCGUAGUCAUGCCCCCAGAGAUACAGGAUCUCGAGGAAAAGUUAUACUCCGACGGGUUCACGACCUUGUCGGCGGGACCCCCGGCCAUGUCGGCGGUAGCCCCGGCCAUAUCGGUGGAACCCCCGGCCGUGUCGGCGGGACCCCCGGUCGUGUCGGCGGGACCCCCACCACAUCAUCAUAGCCCAGAACUCAGGGAAACGGAAGCGAGGGUGGUGGGGGCACGGGGAGGGGGCAAGGCAACACCACCGCCGCCGGCUUCCGACGUGGACGACAACAUCAACACCGACGGCAGCGUCGCCACAACGGUUGCGAACUCCUCUUCGUUGCCUUCACGAACGGAAGCUCCCGAUGGGUCUGUGGAUCGAUCGUCAUAGCCUGUUGGGGAGGAAGGGGAGUCUGGCCAAGGAGAACGGGGUGUCGGCGAGUGAUUGAUACUUCUUGCAUUGGUGCCCAGAACAACGUGUCGGUGGUGGGGGACCGAUUCUCUUUGAAAGGAGGGGGUGGGGAUGUGAUGGAUCGGGCGGCGGAAGGGUGUGUUUGAAGAUGCGUGCUUAAAGCGGUAUGAAAAUAGUAUCGUGCGAGGAGCGUGUUCCGGGGGGAAUGCAUUAAUUUCAGUUGGUAACGGGCGUGGGUAUCACAUGCAUGAUCAAAGGCGACAAAUGCUGCCGGUUUUUUAUGGGGCACAGCAAGGUAGGAGGACGGGAUGGAGAGGCCACCAGCCAGAAUGCGGGCUUUCUUGAGCGGUGAACACGGAAGGAGCUGGUCUAGGGUGGACAAGGGAAAAGGGGCCGUGAUGCGCUUGGAAAUGAUACAGAGGGGAGAGUGAAAAGGAUAACAUAUCGUGUACAAUGCUCCUGAUAUAGUUUAUGUGUUUAUGUGAGUU